AAAACCCGAAAAGCCAGACCAGCGUUGACGGGAUUUCUAUUCUGGUGGACCGUGACUGUCUUUCAAACACCGGCUGAAUUUUGGUUCGUUCGUUUUUUUGUUCGACAGGGCAACAAUUUUCUUUCAUUCGUUCAUUGAAUCGAACCAGUGUAUCUUAUUCGUCACCAAUGAUGACGGGCGGCAACGAACAGGAGCAACCAUCGACACCCUUCGAAGCAGAAACCGCAUCCGUAUCAUGCGUGGGAGCAACGACCGACCGCAAUAUAUCUACAGAUACAACCGCCAUCAAGGUGGAAAACGAUCCUGUACCUUUAGUGACGACGGCUCAGCCCACUUCUUUUGAUUCCAACUCAUCGCCUUUUUCGCCGAAUACCACCCAGCCAUCGACUACCACCACCACUGUUGCCACUCCAACUGCUGCCAUUGCUACAACUACUGCCACUGCUACAACUACUGCCACUGCUACAACUACUGCCACUGCUACACCUGCUGCAACCCCUGCAACCGCUGCUACCACGGCGACCACCACAUCUACCACCACAACAUCUACCACCAACUUUGAGGAAAUCCAAAAGCAACUAAAGAAAACGCUUGACCAUGUUGAACAGCGCAACAUGGUCAGUGGAUUCCAAACUUUAAGUAAAGCCACCAGUGCUGUCGUUGACAACUGUGAACAACUUGGAUUGACAUCGGACGAUCAUCCUUACAAUGCCAUCGAUCGCGAGCAGUUCUGGGCUGGUCUCAACAAUUGCUGGUUGUAUGCAUUAGCACAACGACAUGAACCUAGCAGUGAAGCCGAACGAUUGACCGAUCAGCAUUUGUACGGUUUACGAGAAAUGGUGGUUGCAUGGGCCGACAAAUUGGAACGGUUCGGCCUUGUGGACUACGAAAUGGGCUGGUGGGAAGCCGAUAUCUUGGCUGCUGUAGAUGCCAUUCUGGCUAUGAAUUACGCUGCCGCUCAAGCCGCGGCUCAAGCGGUGGUGGCACAGGCCGCGGCCGCUUUGUUUGGUGAAGAAGUGAAUCUCUAAGUUGAGUCACUGCAAGCCUAUUCACGUCAUGCUAUUCCAAUCCAUACCUGUUUAUACGUUUCCAAUUCUUGUAUGUCUAAAAAUUUCGGUGGCUAUCAUUACUUUUUUUUUUUUUUUUUUAGCCACGAUCCAU